GUGUCGACCAAGAACUAUAUGCUGGCCAUGUGCUGUUGCCGACGGCCUCAGGCCCUUGCCACCAGCUACAGGCCAAAUCUUUACUUUAUGGAUUAUCGGAGAGUCACUGCACAACCUACGCCCGCCUAACGGGCCGCGGCGAAAAGCCCUAUCGCAUGCCAAGAGUUACCUCACGAACGGCCCUUAUAGACUUGACUCUACCCCUCAAGCAUAUAAUUACAAUAUUUUACUAGUAGAACCGCCCUACGCAGUAUCGUAUCUGAUAAGUUAGCCAGAGUCAGGACCCCAACUCACUCUGACUGAGCAGCGACCCCCGAGAACCUGUGUGAUUUGGUACCUCAAGGAAGGCCCUCAAUAUCGGAUACUACAGCCUAUGAGUGGACGGCGCUCUUACUCUUGAAGCGUGCGACUUGCCGCGGCCUUGUCACUGCAACUUUGCGCUUGAAGUAGUGGCGUAACAUCAUGGCUAAUCGCGUGGCUCCUCUGCCACCGCGGACGUCAGGGGCCGGCGAGGACCCGUUACCCAAGUUGCCACCCAAGCUGGGGCCGCUGAUGCCCCUGGCACCUAUUGGGCCGCCCCAAGCGGAUACCCGUGAGGCGGCAAACAUCUCUGGCCUUGCCAGCCCGCUUCAGGGCCGCACCAGCAUCCCCGGGGGAGCUGCUCCGCUGCCAACGCCGCCGGCGAUGACAGCAGCAGCAGCCGCAACCCCACUCCCACCCAUAUCCGCAACGCCACCCCCACCAGCCCAGCACCUCCCAGCGGAGGAGCCAUGGCAGGCCGUGCACGCCCCCGCGGCGCCCCCUCCAUCAGCGGCAGUACCCCCGGUAACAAUUGCGCCCACCGUGGCACCGCUGCCUCCAGUGGCGCCGCCCGCCGCCGCACCACUGCCGCCGCCUGCGGCACCGCCAGCGGCCUACCCUGCGCCUGUUGCGCCGGGGCCAGCGGCAGCGGCCGCGGGCGGCGCGCCACCCCCACCGGUGCAGCAGCCAAAGGUCCCGGCGGGCAGCGCCGGCGGCAGGCCGGCGCCGCCGCAGGCGCCGCCCCCGCCAAGCAACCUGUCAGACGUGAACGACGAGCGGCCGCUGGAGGAAUACAUUCCGUUUGGGUUCUUGGAACUGAGGAACAAGCUGAUUGUGGACCACCCGGAUAUCUUUAAGGAUGAGGCCACGGAGAAGAAGUUUGCUGAGCUGUGCAAGUGGAUGAGCCUACGCAACCAGCUCCGGCUGCAGCUGGACUAUGGCGACGCGGAUGAGAAGUACGCCAGCCUGGACCCGGACAAGGACACGCUGGCGCUUAAACCCACCUCGGCGGCGGCUGGGGCGGGCGGCAAGGGCGCGCCGCCCAAGCGGAAGAACCUGGACGAGGCGGGAUUCGCGGACGUGAAGGCACGGGUCGCAAUGUUCGGGGACGAGAUGACCAACAUCCUGGACAAGGCGGAGUUUGAUGAGCUGCCGGCGGAGGACCUGGACAAGGCCAAGAACGACAAGUCGCUCAUGGGGCUCAACGUGCACUCGGCCAGUGACGAGUACCUGGAGUUCAAGGUCUACUACCGCGGCACCCGGCUUAAGAAGAUUGAGUGGCUCAAGUGGGGCAUCUUCAAGCGCCAAAUCACCAUGAACGUCUACGAGCGCCUGGCCAUCAGCUUCAGGCUGAAGAAGCCUGUGUCGGAGGACGACGCGCCGGAGGAGCCCACCUACGGCGUGGACUCACGGCCCUGGUACAAGAAGAUAUUCUGCUGCGGCAAGCGCGGGGUAGGCGCGGGCGCGCCUGAGAGCCUCAAGAGCCUCCGUGACGAGUUCCUGUACAUGAAGCUUUUCAAGGACGUGCUGCAGUGCGACGUGGACAUGCUGCUGCCGGGCAGCCGCAUCAAGUUCACCUGGUUCGACUACCUCAUGAUCUGGGCCCCCAUCAUCUUCGGCUUCGGCUUCGCGGUGUACAAGACGGCCAAGGGCACCAUCGACUUCACCAACCUGGUCAACGCCGCCAUGUCCAUCUUCCUCAUCGUCAUGCCGCUCACGUGGGGCGUGCGCGCCUGGCUGGCCAUCAAGGAAAAGGCUCAGAAGUACCAGGCGCACCUGAACGCGCUGUUCAUAGUGCACAACCUCAACAACAACAGCGGAGUCAUCAGCCAGAUGCUCAACGAGGCGCAGGAGCAGGAGGACAACGAGGCAAUGCUCGCCUACUUCUUCCUGUGGCUGGGCUCGCAGGCGCCGCAGCCGGUGCGCAAGACGGAGCUGGACCGCAAGGUGGAGGCCUUCCUGCAGGCUAAGCUGGACGAGGCGGGCUGCGCGGUGCGCAUGGACUUUGAGGUGACGGACUCUAUCGGCAAGUUGGAGCGCCUGGGCCUGCUGCACACGGUGGCGGCGGAGGGAGGCGAGAAGAUGCUGCAGGUGGUGCCUCUGGAGCAGGCGGUGGAGAAGGCGCACGUCAAGUACUUUGACGAAAGCAAGGAGACAGGGCCGGCGGCUGCCUCCAAGCCGCGCGCCAAGUCCAAGCGGCAGGGGGCACUGGAGAUGGCCUGGCACGAGUGCGCGGACGUGUUCCGGCCCACAGGCCAGCGGUUCCGCUACUGGUGGAAUGCGGAGACGGGCGAGAGCACCUACUAUGAGCCUGCAGAGCCCUACGUCAAGCUGGAGCGCGCCAUACAGGCCGUGGACAUUUACGAGGCAGACGGCGAGAACAUGCGGGAAGCCAACAAGCACAAGUUUGGGCACGCGAAGACGGUGUGAUCAGUAGCGCCUGCACUACCCCGCACAUGCUGCUGUUAUGCGUAGAGCGGGCGGCUGCUGCGCCGUACUUGCGUACGCCAGCCGUGAGCCUUGAGUGAGCAGCACCUUAGCAAAUGCAUGCCUCGUGAGCGCACGGUUUUGUUUGGAUGCACAUAAGAAAGUGAGAGGUGACGUUUGAGAUGCUGUGAUGCGCAAGACAGUCUUGCUUGCUUGGGCUUGGACAAUGCGUCCUGCCUUGCGACAUGACAGUGGCAAUUGACCGCUGCCACCAGCCCACAAAUGUUGCGAAUGAGUGUGUUUUCUCAUGUCUGCUUACUAUAACUUUACUUGUGUGAUACUAUGGGCGCCCGGGAUGCCCACUACUUACCCUUGACUUCCACCCGUGACCACUUCUACUGAGUGAUCCGAGUACUUGCAAAUAGUGACCAUGGCUUGUGUCGCUCGGAACGUUUUUUUUGCUGCUGUGACUGCCUCGGACGGGUCGGCAUGUUUUGUGCGGCAUACAUGUUGGGCGCACACACUGAAAGCGUGAAGUGCUGCAUCCAAGCGCCGUGCGUGCCUGCGUGCGUACCCUAACGGAUGAUGUGUGCGUGAUAGCUUACACGAACUGGUGCUGAUUACGCUACCAGGCUCAAGGGGUUAGAUCACCCCAUGUGUGUCAUGACAUAAGCACAGCUUGCAUUUUACCAAAAGGCCGCCACCGCCGGUGAGAAGGGCCCGAGCCGCGUUCUCGCCUACGGCAUCCAGGGGCCCCAAAAGUCUUAGUGUUGGCUCGCCCCCCUGUCAAGUCAUUAUACCGGCAUUGCAUCUAGCCGGGACGGGGCGUGUGUUUUGGAUAGGGUUAGUGUGCGUGGCUUGACCUGACACAAGCAUCAAUUACGGUAUGGCUGCGUGUAUUGCACAUUAGGAGUGGGUUCAACUGGCCGCGCACUCCUGCCCUGCCGCUGCAAACUGUUUGCCAUCUGCUGGGUCCCGGGAAUCAGUUGCACCCUACGGGACUUCACCAACCUGCCUUACCACUGUCCCAUCGACCCAUCGCACACACAUUAGGAGUGGGUACGAGCUAGCUUUAUCGACGUGCUUGAGAAAACGCAACACGCACAAGCGAACAUGACGUUGUAGCCGGCAGAUGGGCGUGACACGUCCAACCCCACACACUGGACACUAGUUGAGGGAAGAGAUAAUAAUAAUAAUCGAAACGCCGGCCCGUAGGGCCUGGCGUGGAUUAUCGGGGCAAGGCGGGUGUAGUAGGAUCGUCGGUAAAAGACACAUCUAGAUGCCCCAGGGCGCCGUCCGCGGGGAUAUAUACUUGUGUGUCGUAGAACUUCCGUGUUCCGCCCACACUCUCCCCCUUCUGGACUGCACGUCCCGGGCAGUCACCACGCUAGCGUAGAGAGUACUUCUUUGGCAACCGUUUUUGUCUGUGCGUGGCAGUGGGGUGAUGAGGCCCACGUCGCGUAUACCCCCAAUGCUGGGCAUCGCCAGUAGCCAACUGUGUGUUGGUGCCUUCAAGACUCUCGCAUAGCCGAAGCGACUGACUUUACCGACGUCACCAGGAUUUGAACCCUCGACCUUUCGCGGUCGCGUGCGCAUUGUCCGCAGAUAACGCACGAUGGGCCCUGAACUCGAUACCAAAUGUAGUAGGAUCGUCGGUAAAAGACACAUC